AUGGAUGGAAAUUUAAAUCUUCACCCUCCUCAUGAAGGCAUCAUUGGAGGAGGCAUUUGCAUCUCUUGGGCAUCAGGAGAUGCCAAUGCCAGAGAAAGGGCUAUAAUGCUGCCAGCAUUCACGAGCAGUCUGAAGAAGCUUGUGAAGGGUCUUUCCCUUCCAACAAGCACAGUCCCUAGCCAGCAGCAAAGCCAGGAAUUUGCCAAUGGAGGGCUAAGGGAAAUGAAUGGGGACCAGAAUUUCCUAAACUUCUUGGGAGGGGUGGAGGCAAUGGAUGAAUUUAGAGCAGAGAGAGUUCAACAGUUGACUCGAGAGGCACAACAGAAGCUGAGCUCCACCAAAUCGCCACCCUCAACAGUUUGUUACAGCAGCAGUGGUGCAAUAUUUGUUAUAAGGGUGAGACUGGGUCCACAUAAGCUGCUGCUAUCUAGUCUUCCAUUCUUGUCUGAUAUCAAGAAGCAACAUGUGGUGUUGGACACUCUGUAUAUGGGUGCCACUCUUCAUCAUUGUUAUAAGUUCAUCAAGAAACUCAGGAUCCAAGAAAUAUCAGAUGCCAUAAGAAAUACUGAAGAUCCUGAAGUUCGAGCUGAGCUUGCAAGGUCACUGGAUCGUGCACUGGAUGCAAAAUGACUCAUCGAAGAGUUAGAAGUCUGUGUACAAAUGCCUAUAGGCACAAUAAGUACAACAAAGCUUGUUGUUUUUGGAUGCCCAGCUGUGGAUUUCUUGAAGGAUAUAUGUUUCUGAUUGUAGUUGAGACGAAUGUGAAAGUUUAGUGCUAUGUGCCUCAUCACAAUGGGAGUCAUUCAGUCAUGGAAAAUUAAGUUCCUCUUAUUUAUUUCACAGCUCAUGCAGUAUUGUGAACUCGUGGGGCGGGCGAAUAUGUUUAAAAUAUCUGACUAGCUCAAACAAGAUGUGCUUUGAAAUUAUUUUCAGUCAAACAGCCCAGAAAGGCUUACGUGUUGGCUGUUGAAUAACGACCUCUAUGUAUUUCUUGGUUUUCUUCAUG